GGUAGCUGGGUCCUGGCUCCUCUUAGCUCUGUUUGCCUGGCCGUUAAAUGAUUGUAGCUGCCAUCCCGGUCCCCUCCCCACACUGGUCUAUAAGUGCCCUGGGUCCGGCCAGUGUCCCAUUCAGGCUGCACUUGGACUGGCCUUGCACCAGAGCAGCUACCCAGCGAGACACUCAGGGGAAGUGAGAAGAUGGGGCCAGUCGCCUACUUCAGCCUCUGCCUCCUCGGCUGCCUGAUCUUUAACCCCUCGCUGGCAGGGGUACAGGCUGUGUCCUGUCCCGGGUGCUGGCUGCCCUUCCAAGACAGCUGCUAUCGAUACAUCGCCCAAGAGAAAAACUGGACAGAUGCUGAGGCUGAGUGCCAGCACCACUGGCCCGGGGCCCAUCUCGCCUCCAUUCACAGUGCUGAGGAAAAGAACAUGCUGGCCCAUUACAGCAAGCCGCACCCCCCAAAGGUGACUCAUGUCUGGAUCGGACUCUCAGACCCCAAGAAGGUGAGUGCCCAGUGCCCGCUCUGCCUCUGGCAGCCCCUCCCCAGCCCCUGGGCUCUGGGUCUCUGCUCAGUGAGGUUGUUGUUUGGGGCGGGGGUGGCGCCAGAGCAGGAUUUCCAUUGGAACGGGGUGAAAAGGGGCUGUAACCGCCUGGGUUUUCACUCACAGGAUCGAUCCCCAGCGCCCGGUGCAGAGUAUAAACUGCUGUUACUAAUAUUCACGUUCGUGACACUAGCGCCCAGGGACCCACCACACCGGGGGAGGGGGAGCUCUCCAGCCAGUCUCUAGUCCAGCAAACAGCCUGGCAUAGGCACCGACUUCCUGAUUUCCCGGGGGGGGGCUCGACCCCUGCUCCGCCAAGACCCUGC